UUUUAAAACCCCUUCUUUAUUUCUCCCAGAAUCCUCCGCCACCCCCCAUUCCAUUAAUUUUCUUAAACCUCACUCUCUUUACUUCUUUCAAGUUUCUCCUCAUAGGAGCCAACUACCAAAGCCAAAAUGAACAACGACUUCAGUGAUCACCCCAAUUUACCCGAGUCCGAUAAAUCCUACGCCCUCAGUGGCGAAAUCAUGCUCAGCGGCAUCGUUAUUUUAUUCUUCGUUGUUAUUUUAAUGGUCUGUCUACACCUCUACUCUCGCUGCUACCUACACAAUGCGCGUCGCCGCCAAAUCCGCCGAAACCGCUACCGGCGGCGCACUAAUCUUGUUUUCUAUGUUGACCCCGCCAACUCCAAUCCCAUCGUCAACGCCGCGCGCGGUCUCGAUGCUGCUGUCUUGGAAUCGCUCCCUGUUUUCGUCUACACCUCCAAUACCCAUUCCGAGUCUUUGGAUUGCGCCGUUUGUUUGUGUGAAUUUGAAGAGAAUGAAUCGGGUCGGGUAUUACCCAGGUGUAAUCAUAGUUUUCAUACUGAGUGUAUUGACAUGUGGUUCCACUCUCACUCCACUUGUCCUCUGUGUCGGUCCCCUGUGGAGCCAUGUACGACUGAGCCCGAAAACCCAAUUCAUGCGGUUGUUUCAGUGACUGAGCCGGGUUCAAGUUCCGGGUUAUGUGAGGCAUGUCAGCACGAGUAUGAGCUGAUGGGAACGUCAUCGUUUGAAGAUAAGGGGAAGCCGAGGGAAGUUGUAAAUGUGUCUAUAGAGGUUCCGACGAGGAAUUAUAACGAAGGUUUUGAGACCGAAUCAACUGGGUGUGACUCACUGUCUAGUCAGAGUCAGAGUCAGAUUCAGUCGUCGUUUCGAUCUCCAGUGAGUCGUAUGUUGUCGUUUAAGAGGAUUCUAAGCAGAGAAAGAAGUAGGAAUUUAUCUCCUUCGGGGAAUUCCCCAAGCUGUGGUGGGACUGUAACUGAGUUCGAUAUCGAGCGAGGUAGAGAGUAGGCGCCUCGACAGACUCCGUUGACUCGACAGCGACUUAGUGUCUACGGUGGAAAGGCACGUGGUGGAUAUUUAUUUAGUUGAAAUGAAAACAUUCUAGGGUUGUUGGAAUCCUAGGAGUGUACUUGUCCGGAGGUUGUUGGCCAUUGACGUGGCAGGUCAUAGUUUGGCACUAAAAUGUUGACUCUUUUAUAUAUAUUAUAUAAAUCUCAUUGAUUUUUUUUAUAUCAUUUAAAUUGAUACGUUUACUGAUGUAUUUUAAUUUUGAAAUGUGAAAGCAAGAAUUUAAGGGAGGAUUGAAUUCUUGCUUUCAUUUGUA